AUGCCGGGUCGGGAGGAGCUCUGCGAGGAGAAGCCUAAAGUCAAGAUGUUGUCUCCGGGGUUUGGGAUCGAGAAGUCCCGGCUGCACGGCUCCGGGUUCCGGUCUAAAGGUUUCGCCAUCACGGACCUGCUGGGCCUGGAGUCGGACCUGCAGGCGCGGCAGCCGCCCGGAGGCCCCCCGGGAUCCGGCCUGUCUGCGGCGGGCUCCGGGCCCGGGGCGGAGCCGCAGGGGCCCGGCGGCGGCCUCGGCGGGUUCUCGUUCCCGGGCGGGUCUCUGCCGCUCGGCCUCGGGUUCCUGUGCAGCCUGGCGGCCCAGCAGCCCGCCGGAGCGCCCUGCUUCCUGCCCGGACACCUGCCGCUGCUGCAGGCCCGGGCCGACAGCCACUACCUGCAGAACCUGGAGGCCCAGAGGGACGCAUACUCCGAUGAAGAAUGUCUCUCUGACCGGAACGACUCCAAAACGUCUGGAAACUCUCAGAAGAGGAAGAAGAGGAGACACAGGACGGUGUUCACCUCCCACCAGCUGGAGGAGCUGGAGAAAGCUUUUCAUGAAGCUCAUUAUCCUGAUGUUUACGCCCGAGAGAUGCUCGCCAUGAAGACAGAGCUGCCCGAGGACAGGAUCCAGGUGUGGUUUCAGAACCGGCGGGCGAAGUGGCGUAAGCGUGAGAAGUGUUGGGGUCGCAGCAGCGUCAUGGCGGAGUACGGCCUGUACGGGGCGAUGGUGCGUCACUCCAUCCCGCUGCCAGAGUCCAUCCUCAACUCCGCCAAGAACGGCAUGAUGGGAUCCUGCGCCCCCUGGCUGCUCGGAAUGCACAAAAAGUCUUUAGAAAUGGCCAAAAAAUGUUCCAGUCCUCCGGAGUCUGACUCUGCUCGCUCUGACUCCUUCUGCGACGCCUCGGAGCGACGGGGCGGCGGCGAGGCCCGGGAGGUGGAGCGGGAGGCGGGGGAGGAGGAGGAGCUGCAGGAGGAGGAGGAGGAGGAGAUGGAGGAGGAGGUGGCCAUUGACCUGUCCAGCUCCUCCAAACAGCAGCAGCAGCAGGAGGAGGCGGGGAGGAGUUCCUCGUCGCCUCGGCGGCAGAGCGGCGGCGAGCCGGACGAACACAGCUGAAGGUCGAUCUGACCCUCUGUUCUGGGAGCACAGGGACGUGAUUGGCUCUUCUCUCAGGAAGCACAGCCAAUCAGUGAACAGCUAUUACAUCAUGUCGCCAUGCAAAGUUUCAACAUUUACAUGCUAACAUCUGUGUUAGCGUGCUAACAACCCUCAGGACAUUCUGAACAAAAAUAUGUUUAUUUAUUUAUUUAUUUAUUUAUUUCAUAAUUCAUGUCUUUUCAUCAACAAGGUGAAGCUACUGGUUGUUCUAAAUCUGAGCUAAAACAGUAAACGUUCAGCUCCGUUAGCGAUCUCUCCUGUGCUCCUGGAAAUGCUAAUGUUAUGCUAACAUAACGAGGGCCGAGGCAGAUCGUCGAGGAAUCAAUCAGAGUUUUCUAGAAGACGUGAAGUGUUGGAGGAGGAUGUACAUGACGAUGUUUCUGUCUGUGUCUUUAUCAGUGUAUUGUUCUGAGAGAAUGUUUUCUAUCUGUGUUUUUGGAAAAUAAGAGA